AUGAUGAGUGAAGAGUUUACGGACAAGUUUGUGGAGAACAAUCUGAUAUCCUCUGGUCCACUUUUCCCCCUUCUGAAGCGGCUGAAAAAACUGUGUGAACAAAUGGCAAUAAGUGAAGUUAGCGAAAAGGAAAAUACUGAGAGCCUUUCCAAAUGCUUGCGUGAUUGUUGGGUUAUGCAACAGCAAACUUUCGAGUCCAAGGGCAAGUGCGGUGAAAACAAGGAAGCCACUGGAACAGGUCGAUUCCACAAGUCGGUCUUGUGUAUGGAGAAAGUGGAAGAGCUGAAGAAUCUGCUUGCUGCCAACAGAACUCAUCUGCUUGACGAGCGCAUCUGCCAAGAAUCACAAUUUCGAGCAACUGCGCUACAAGUUCAAUGGGUUGUAAUCUCUAUUAAUCAGCAGUUUAUGGAAGAAAAUGGAUUGUCUCUUCAGAGUCCACCCACAUUGUUGGAAAAUGCUGUCAUCUCAAAUGGAAGGGUUUUAUUGUUGAAUGCACUCUCCGACAUAUUUUUCCACUUGAGGUUCCCAUCGUUAGCCAAGCGCUUUACUGAUGCCUUGACAGGCUGGGCUAAAGAACUAAUAUGCGUCUUGUAUAUGUUAUGCCGGUGUGAAGACGCCCAGUUUGUUUUGAAUCAUCUUCUUCGUCUUCCUUCUCCUAUUGUAGAGUGGGCAGCUCCCUUUGUACAAACAUUUAUUCAGGCUCCGUCUCCACCGAAAGUAAAAGUCGACUACUGUGUUACGAUGCUCUCUCAUCUGAUGAAUCCUAUCUCUGCACGUGAAACGUUCCUCCGUCAAAUAGGCCUGUCGGAAAGCGAAGACUCGACCUGGGCUAUUUUGAGUGGAGAUGAGGAAGAGGGCGACUUCUCUCUUGUUACAAUCAACGAGGCCGAUCUUACGGGGCUUCUCGAUCAGCUUCCUAUAUCGGAGCUUUACUCUCUAGCCUACCUUUACUUCUCGAGUUCGACAUCCGACAAGAGUGAUCAGUUCGUCGCAUUGAUUGCAUUUCAACUUUUGCUGAUGAAGGUACUUGAUACUGGCUUGUCUACAUACUGUGGUGUUAAAGAGCGCCUCGAAGCCAUAGGCCCAUUGGAUGCUGUCUUCUUAAUCAACACACUUGCCGCGCUUUCAUCGUAUUCUCACAACGAUGCUUCGCAUUUGGUAAAGGAGAUAAUAGAGUUGGCAGUGAAGCCAGUAUCAUUGCUUAUUGCCCGUAGGCCAUCUACUUUCGACCAACUGCUGACGCUGCUCGAUAGAAGUAUGACUCAUAUGGAUAACCCACCUGACGAUGCGGCCAACCGUAUGGCACGUCGUAUUUUAUCGAGCCUUCACUGGGGCCCAAAUGAGGCCGGCGAUCAACUUUGGCUAGAUCCAGCCGUGCAUGAAAUAUCUGCAGAUACAGUGAUGAAAGCGCACUCGAUCCACUGUGGGCACUCAAAUGGCAUGAUAGCAAAGUCGAUUAGACAGAUUUCGAAAUUGGCGAGCCGUAUGGCUGAUCACGAGCAGCUCUUCAACCAGUUUUGUUGGGAUAUACUGAUCAAAAUAAAACUCAAUCCUAAGCAAAACGACGUCACUCCUCAAAAUGACCUAUCGGCCUUUUUUAUCUACAUCGACCAGAGCUGUCUUGAAAGCCCUUCUGUGUUUUUGGAACGAGGUGUGCCAUUGAUGAACGACUUAGUUGCUGCAGGCUGUUCAACGGCAUGCGUCGUACUGCUGGCAAGGCUCAUGCAGAAACACUAUACUAAAGUUAUCUCCUUUGGCUCACAUAAAGCCUUCAUGGAAUUAUUCGAUCGCGUCCUACACGUUGAUCAAUGCUCUUAUGCGGUGCAAUGGAUAACUGGGCCAUCGUCAAAACCAACGCCUAUUGUGCGGCUUAUUUGCUCGUCAUUGUCGGUAUGGCUUUGCCCUCACUUCCAAUUCUCCCUUGACAACUAUUGGGUUAUCUCUGUUUUCAGUACUACUCAAAACAUGUACAUGAUACGGGUCAGUAUUUGCGAGCGUGGAUUAAUCUUCUCUGUGUUCGACGACCGACACUAUGGAUUAACGAUAGUG